AUGCUUUACACAGACCUGCUUUUCCUUCUUUCCUAUACAGAAAAUGCAACGUACAACUAUACCAACUCUACAAACGGCAGCGCUCACGGAAAUGACAAAACACAAACAGAGAACAAGUCAUAGAGCUGAAUGGCUGGCUAGUGUGCAAUGAACAAGAUGAAAUGUUAAAUCUGGCCUUUACAGUGGGAUCUUUCUUGCUGAGUGCCAUCUCUCUUCCAUUAGGAAUCAUCAUGGACAAGUAUGGUCCACGCAAGCUGAGGCUUAGUGGAAGUGCCAGUUUUGGUGUUUCCUGCUUGCUUAUUGCAUAUGGAUCAAGUAAUCCCAAUUCGCUGUCUGUGUUGAUUUUCGUAGCCUUAUGUCUGAAUGGCUUUGGUGGAAUGUGUAUGACCUUUACGUCUCUCACACUGCCGAACAUGUUUGGUGAUCUGCGCUCAACGUUUAUUGCAUUAAUGAUUGGAUCCUAUGCUUCCUCUGCUGUCACCUUCCCCUUCAUCAAGGUUAUUUAUGAUCUUGGUAUCAGUUUUAUCACAAUUCUUAUUGUCUGGGCUGCAUGUGCUGGGCUGGUCUUCUUCAACUGCUUCUUUAACUGGCCUCUGGAGCCUUUUCCUGGACCAGAAGACAUGGAUUAUACUGUGAAGAUAAAGUUCAGCUGGCUGGGAUUUGACCACAAGAUCACAGGAAAACAAUUCUAUAAGCAAGUUACCACUGUGGGGAGACGGCUAAGUGUUGGAGGCUCCAUGAAAAACCCCAAAGAGCUGUCAGUGCUGCAGGAGGGGAAUAAGUUGUGUCUGUCCACCGUGGAUCUGGAGGUGAAAUGCCAAGCAGACAAUGCAGCAACUCCAUCUUUUAUGAAAAGCGUGUUCAGUCCGAUCUUGCUACUUAGCCUUAUCACCAUGUGUGUUACCCAGCUCCGUCUCAUUUUUUAUAUGGGAGCCAUGAACAACAUUCUGAAAUUCCUGGUGAACGGAGACAUGGAGACUGUUAGUCUAUAUACAUCCAUCUUUGGAGUUUUACAGCUACUCUGCCUGAUGACAGCCCCUGUUAUUGGAUACAUUAUGGAUUGGAAGCUCAAGGAAUGUGACAAUGGCGAUGAUGAAGAUGAGAAGGAUGCUAAUCCAGAUGGAAAGAAAAAGAAAAGGCGGGAUCGUCAAAUUCAGAAAAUCACAAAUGCCACCAGGGCCUUUGCAUUCACUAACUUGCUGCUAGUGGGCUUUGGAGUCACCUGUCUUAUUUCGAACCUGCCUUUACAGAUCCUGUCCUUUAUAUUGCACACAAUAGUGAGAGGAUUUAUCCAUUCUGCUGUGGGUGGGCUAUAUGCUGCUGUAUACCCAUCAUCGCAUUUUGGGAGUUUGACUGGCCUGCAAUCUCUGAUUAGCGCUCUGUUUGCACUCCUCCAGCAGCCUCUGUUUUCAGCUAUGGUGGGUCCUUUGGAUGGUGAUCCACUCUGGGUCAAUGUUGGAUUGUUGGUAAUGAGCAUGCUUGGGUUCUGCCUGCCACUCUACCUCAUCUUCUUUAAGCGGAGCCUGGAACGGCAAAGGAAGCAAAAAAAUGAAGACUCCAAACUGUACCAGAAAAUAAAUGGCACUCCUGAUCAUGAAGCGUUUGUGUAA